AUGCAAGAAGUAACUGAAUUUCAUGAUAAGGAAAGUUUUACCCUGGAGGGGGAAAAUGUUACAGGUACAUCAUUUUCAUCUCCGACAACCAAUACUCCAAGAUCUUCCUUCGACCACAAAAUAGAUGAGGGUGAAAGUUCGGAACCAUUCACUGAUGAUAAAAGCAAUACAGAACCGGAAGAUGUUCCAGUACCGUAUACCAGAUUUGGUCCAAGGGCUAAGUUUGGUUUAGUUAUGCAAUGUGCAUUCACUGGGUUUUUCUCAUCAAUUGCUGGUGCAAUUUAUUAUCCGGUGUUAACUGUCAUCGAGAAAAAAUUCAGUAUAACUGAAGAACAAGUCAAUAUUACAGUUGUGGUCUACUUUAUUUUCCAGGGUUUAUCCCCAAGUUUAAUGGGUGGGUUAGCUGAUUCUUUAGGUAGAAGGCCGGUCGUCUUAUGGUCCGUCGUUAUUUAUUUCGGUGCAUGCAUUGGUUUGGCACUAUCGCAAAACUACACUCAAAUCAUCAUAUUGAGAUGUUUACAAGCAGCUGGUAUCUCUCCAGUGAUUGCAAUCAAUAGUGGUAUAAUGGGCGACGUUACCACAAAAGCUGAGAGAGGUGGUUAUGUCGGAUACGUUGCAGGUUUCCAAAUUCUUGGUAGCGCUUUAGGUGCCUUGAUUGGUGCUGCUUUAUCAUCUAGAUGGGACUGGAGAGCUAUUUUUUGGUUUCUAGCCAUCGGAUCUGGAGCUUGUGCUUUAGUAUCCUUUUUCGUACUACCAGAAACUAAGAGAACUGUUGUAGGAAACGGUUCAAUCCGUCCAAAACCAGUGUUUAAUAGAGCUCCCAUAUUGUUGCUACCUUCUUUUCAAAAAUAUCUACAUUUAGAUAGCCCAGAUUACGAUAGUAUGGAGCCAAAAGUCAAAAUAAAUUUAUUGGCACCUUUCAGUAUCUUGAAAAUUCCAGAAAUUGAUCUUAUACUGUUUUGUGCCGCACUACAAUUUGCCUUAUACACUGUUCAUCAAACUGCUUUAUCAACCGUUUUGAGUAAGGACUACGGCCUAUCAGUUAUGCAUAUCGGUCUUUGUUACUUACCAACUGGUAUAUGUACACUUCUUAGCGUUGUUACGUCAGGAAGAUAUUUGAACUGGGCAUACAGAAGAAGAGUAAAUGCUCACAAUAAAUGGUUGAAACAAAAGGAAAUAGAACUUCUAGAAACACAUAAGAAUGAUGCAAAAAAAGUUAAAGACAUCCUAGAAACUGAUCCCUAUUAUGCAUUCAACUUAUUCAGGGCAAGAUUGCAGCCUGCAUUUGUUACUUUAGUCAUAAGUUCCAGCUCCUUCAUUGCAUUUGGUUGGUGUUUGAAAGUUAAAGCGCCAUUAGCUGCAGUUUUAGUCACUAGUGGUUUCGCAUCCUUAUUUUCUAACUGUAUCCUAACAUUUUCAACCACAUUAAUAGUUGAUCUGUUCCCCUCAAAGGCAUCUACGGGAACAAGUUGUCUAAACUUAUUUAGAUGUUUAUUAUCCGCAAUUUAUAUUGCCUGCUUGAGUAAAAUGGCUAUAAAGAUGACAUAUGGUGGUGCUUUCACCUUUUUCGGUAGUUUAACUGGUCUUUCAUCAUUUUUAUUAUUUAUUCCAAUGAGAAAAGGUAAGCAAAUUACUUUACGUAGAAGGCAGGAAGAGCAGCAAGCAAUGGAGCAAUACAAAAGAGAAAGAGAAAAAGCAAUGGUGAAAGUUUAG